AUGGAUACCCUCAAUUCAUCUUUCAUCCUCGACGUCAACCCGGCUCCUCCCAAGUACAUCGUGGGAGUUGGAGUUUUCCGCAAAGGCCCGAGUUACGAAGCUGAUGCUAGUGGAAGCAAAAAGUACCAACCCUACAUAUUUCAAAGCUCAGUCUUGGUCCCGGGGAAUCACUGCUCCUUCCCGACUCCUGGUUUGGGUCUUCAGUUCCGAAUAUACUGUCCUUUUGAUUCGCCCUUGGAAUGCCCACCGUAUUCCCACGCAUGCCCCGUUAAAUCGCUUAUCUUCUCAUCCGAAGGGCCAGAAGGUCUUCCUACUGUGCAGGGAGAUGGACCGUUGGGAAACGGGCCAUUCGUUAUCUUUAGAAAUGACUACAGACCGCUACAGCCAAAACAGGUGCAGGUACUCUGGAAAUAUCUCCGGAACUUCAAGUUUGGAACAGACCCCACCGAUAGUAAUGGUCUUAUGCUUUAUGGCCAACCUCUACUUUCAGAAAAUAGGCAUCACAGAUUGCCCUUACGACGUGGAAGGAAUAGAGUUGCGGAUACUAUCCACGGAGAAACGUGGUACUAUGAAGAUUUCAUGAGGUCGUACUUUACGAUUAACAACUUUCACGCGUUCUUCCAUGUUACUAGGCAUCGACGGUUAAGUGGAGGAGAUGAGAGCUGGAGAGACAUUCAUUCGCCUUACGAUGAUGAGUAG